UUUUUUUUAUGGUAGAGGAGGCAAACGAGCAGACGGAUCACCUGAUGGUAAGCGAUUACCGCCGCCCAUGGACACCUGCAACACCAGUGGGGUUGCAAGUGCGUUGCCGGCCUUUAAGAUGGGAGUACGCUCUUUUCUUGAAGGUUUGAAGGUCGUAUCGGUCCGGAAAUACCGCAGGCGACAGUUCAUUCCACAGUUUAGUUGUGUGAGGUAGAAAGUUCCUGGAGAAACGCACAGUUGAGGACUGCCAACCAUUUAAGUGGUGGGGAUGGAAAUGUCGCGUAGGGCGAUGGCGAAAAGAAGCGGCAGGGAUUAAUCCGAACAAUUCCUCGGAGCACUCCCCGUUGUACAUGCGAUAGAAAAUGCAGAGCGAGGCCACAUCUCACGCAGCGCCAAGGAGUCAAGCCGAUCCGAAAUAUGCUGGCAGUCGACAAUAAGUCAGUUACAUUAUCAUAAUUUUUUAUUCUCUAGUAUUAUUGUACAAAUAUAUAGCCUAACAGUUUUAUUUGAUAACUGAACAUAAAUAAGCCAGUACAUCUAAGAAAAUUGUUUAACCUGUUAUUAAGUACGAUUUCCUGAAUGGUGGAAAUAAAAUCUAAAUGCUACCGGUUCUACCUGGAGCCAGGUUUACUUCCGAAGAGCAAUUACUUUUAAACUGUCGUAAUUGCUAUGUUUUUAGCAUAUUGACGACGCAUUGAUGUGUUAACAGGCGAUGUUUGUGAUACUUAUUUGCUCAUUAUUCUGUUCAACGAACCACAAAAUGUGAUAACUUCCAGUAUCUAAUAUGCAAAUCAAUCGUCUAGCGGAAAAUCUCUUAUUGCGAAUACAGAUAGAUCAUGAAUGAAGAUGAAAUCCUGAGGCUGCGCGUCCGAUCAGCCUUCAGUUAUUGCACGCGAUAUUGAAUCUCCCAAGCAGAACGUAUAGCCAAUUUGCAGGUCAUUAUAGAUCCAAUUUCAUGAUAUCGUUCCUGAUCUCGUUAGCGGCCCUACAAAGUCUAGUUUAAUAAAUAUGGACCUACGUCGUUCGUAUAUUCAUAUUUAUUACAUAAUUUCAAUUUCUUGCCUGUAAUAUCUUUCAAACUCGUCGAACCAAUAAUCAAGUUCAGCUCGCCUUUGCGCCCUCUGCUACAUUCUGCCUAGUUUUUGUCAUGUUUUUUGUUCUGGACAUCUGCAGCUGCGGGGUUGAUUAACCAGUAAAAGACUAUAACAUUUCCAAUUUAUACUUUGUCUGUUUAUAUGGCAUUUGUAAUGGGUACAGAAGCAUGUGAAAUUGUUAGGUUGUUAGCUACACAUGGUGACGCGCGCCCCUCCCGGCGCGCAGCGGUCUUUUAUUUAGUACAUUCAGUAGACAGUUUCAUCCGCGCCGGACUUGCACGUCGACGCGUGUGUACAAAAUCGUAGCUCAUGAGAUAAUCAGCUGCAGUUAUAAACAUUACCGUAUUCGUGAAAGUGUCUUAUUGGAAAGUUUUAUUGGAUUACGUUUACUGAUCAACACUCUGUUCAUGUUUUUCUGGAAGAGAAGAUCAUGUGAAUUAGCGGUAAGCAUGGAAGAAGACAGUAUAACAAGCACUGUCGAGGACCAAGAUCCGCCCUUGGUCGAGGUUCAGACCAAUGAAGAGAGCCCCGGCCAGCGCGAGGUGUCGACCGGCAGCGACGGGCUCGCUACCAGCGGCAGUGCUAUUACUCUCACUAAUGAUGAGAGCGGGGUCGGUUUGGAUUCCGUAGACGACUGCAAUAAAAAUGUGACGACAGAAUCGUUAGUGGAUCAGGAGCCGUGCGAAGUUAAUGAUGAUGCUCGUUCGUUAGGUGAUUUAGACAGCCUACCGGCUGGUGAUGAGUUAGUCUUGGGCGCUGCUGGAAGCGACAGCGGUGUCGAAGGAUGUGGCCGAGCACUUAGCAGCGGCGGUGGCUCCCGGUCUUGUGCUUCCAGUGUUGUUUCAUGUGGGUCAGGCUGCGGCUCAGAAAGCUCGUCGGUCGCUGGCGCGCCGCCGCGGCCCCGCCGCAGGGUCAACGUCACCGUCACCGAGCCGAAGCGGAGCUCACCCCUCGGCGCCUCCACUCCUCGUCCCGUCACGGCACCGCGUGGCCCCAACCUAGCAACCAGAGAACGUGCCAGGAGUAGAGAGAAACCGACUCCGCCCGAAAAACCGCGGCCUCUCACGCCGAAGCCGCGAAUCCGUCCAACCGGUGAACUGCCGAACCUCGUCCGUGAGAGUCCCGCAUUACGAGCGAAACCAACGAAAACUUCAACAGCACGAUGCCGGACGCCUAACUCCCCUAGCGAGGAGAAGAGAUGGCCUUCAAACGGACCGCGGCUGACGACCCCGACGGACUCUACCGCGGCGCGUGUAGCCGCUGACAAAUAUGGAACGUUGCCGCGUAGGAGGCGUGAAAACGGCGAACCGGACGGUUCCCCCAAACACGAGGUCACACCACCGACUUCCAGGCGGCCUACCAUCACGAGGUCGGUCUCCACGCGCUCCACGACUAAGGCGCGCGUGAGGAUCUACGCUGAGAAGAAUUGCCAAACUGUUUUAUUAGGAACUGACGUAGAAUCGGCUUUAGCCGGAAUUACGCCUAAUAUUGAAUGUAGCCGCGAGAUCUCCCGGUGUCACCGCGGCGUGCAGGCGAGCGCGCGCGACACGGAGACGACGCGGCUGGCGGCGGCGGCGGCGGCGGCCGAGGCGGCGGCGGCGGAGGAGCGCGAGCGCCGACAGCACGCCGAGGCGCAGCUGGCCGCCGAGCGAGCCGCGCGACUCGCCGCUAUUGCGGAGCUGGAGAGGAACUCGCAGCGGCUGCUGGAACUUGCUGGGGCUGGCGCCGGGGCGGGUGCCGAGGGAUGCCUACGGGCUCUAGAAGAGCAGCUACGCGCGGCGGGCGAGCUGGCGGCGCGGCAGCGCGGCGACAUCGACGCGCUACGCGAGCACUGCGACCGCCUACAUCACGAGGCAUGUUCGGCGCGCGAGUCCGCCCGCGUCCUGCAGGCGCGCCUGGCCGAAGCUGAGCGCGAGGCGGCGGAAAUGCAGGACUUCCUGGCCGCCGAGACCGGCGCGCUGGGGGACUCCCUGCGCGAAGCGGAGGCCGAACUCGCGCGCGCGAACAAGGACCUCGAGCGACGACGCGCAGAAUGCCGGCAGCUCGUGCGCAUGUGCGAGCAGCGGCGGCAGGAGGCGCUGGGCGCGGCGGCGCGCGCGCGCUCGGGCGGCGGCGCCGCGCACGCGCUGGACGCGCUGGCGCGCCGCCUCGCGCGCCUCACCGACGCCGUGGCCCGGGCCUACGCCCUGCCCCGCCACGCGCUGGAGCCGCAGGUCUACCACAAUGACGCCUUUAGCCGCAGCGACAGCGGCGAGGCGUUGUCGCCGGACGACGAGCGCGGCGGGCUGCUGACGGCCGUGGCCAAGGCGCUCCGCGCCGCGCCGCCGCCCGGCCCCGCCGCCGCCGACGACGACCGCUCGCGCGUGUCCGACGACAACGACAACUCCGCCGACCUGCUCGACUCCGAGACCGAGCCGUGCCUCGUCACCGACCCCGAAUGCGCGGAAGAGUGGUGGUCGGGCGCGGAGGCGGGCGGCGCGUGGAGCGGCGAGGAGCUGUCGCCGGAGCGCGAGUCGUGCGAGCCGGAGUCGGCGUCGGAGCGGGACUCGCUGCGCAACCUGUCGGCCGCCAUCGCGCAGCGCCAGCGCUCCGAGGCCGAGGCCGAGGACGCGGAGCGCGGCUCGCUGCUGGAGCGCGUGCUGGCGCUGGACACGCGGCUCAGCGAGCUGCUGCGCGCGCUGCGCCUGGCCGCCGCCGCCGCCGCCGCCGCCGGCUCCGACGACAAGGACUCCAUGAGGCUCGCGCAGGCGCUCAAAGACAAGAUAGACGUGACGGAGAAGAACGUGGCGGACGUGGUGGUGAAGAAGCUGGCCGAGCUCGACGCCAGCAAGAACAUGAUGGAGCAGUACCGCCAGUCCGUGGAAGCACUCAAAAAACAAUUGGCACAAACCGGUGAAGACGAUGACUUGGAUUUCGUCGAGGAGGAGCUGUCGGUGUGCUCGGAGGGCGAGCGGCGGCAGCGCUACGAGGCGCUGGACGCGGCGCUGGGCGCGCUGGGCGCGAGGCAGCCGCUCGUGCGCGCCUGGCCGCGCCUCGCCGCGCUGCAGCGCCGCCUCGAGCGCCUCGCCUUCGCCGUCGCGCAGCCGCCGCCGCCGCCCGGCCUGCCCGCGCCGCUCCACGGCGCCGCCUAGUGCUCCCUGCGGAACGGACGCGGCGCUGGAGGCAGCCGCUCGUGCGCGCCUGGCCGCGCCUCGCCGCGCUGCAGCGCCGCCUCGAGCGCCUCGCCUUCGCCGUCGCGCAGCCGCCGCCGCCGCCCGGCCUGCCCG